CUUGAGGCAAGCUUGGCUUCCAGAGGCGAUUUGUUUGUGGCUUCUAGUCCUGGAAGCAUUUUGGGUUUGCUCGCCUUCCUCUUUCAGAAGACCUGGGGUCGGCCGCCAGUCUGGGAGAUUUGCAACUCGAGGCUGUUCGUCUGCGCGAGUUUUCCAGUUCUGCGCGGGAGCCUUCGGGGAAGCGUGGAAAGAAGGGAAGGGUGUGCGCCUGGUGACCGGCCCCUCUCGCCGACCCCCGUCUCUCUCUGGAGUGUCUUGGGCCCGUGCCUGGCGCUGCUCUGCGGAAUCGUUCCCUAGUCGUCAGUUCUGGCCGCAGUCCUGUUUAAUAGAAGUGGAAACUGAUGCAUUGAGAGGGGUGGAAGGCCUUUCCCUUACCCACUCCCUCUUGGGCCCCAAAGACCUUGCAGAUUUAUCUGGUUUGCAGACACGUGUUUUUGAAUGUUGUGUGGAGGGGAGCUUAAGUAUUGAAGAAUAGAGUAGGAACUCCUAGAAUUUUAAGGGAUCUCUUGAGCAUUUCCAAAACUGACUUUUGACUGCCGACGUGUGGCAUUCGUGAUUGCCUUUCGCUAUCCUGUGGCUCCAACAUGUACUUCCUUUGGUUAAGUCAGCUAUGCAGGGGUUUAUCCAGACCCCUUGGAAGCACCACUCAGCCGAUUUGGGGUUCUGUCUCCAGAAGUCUGGUACUAAGUUCACAGAGGAGAAUUCCAGAAUUCAGUAGCUUUGUUGCCCGGACCAACACAUGUGGAGAAUUGCGUUCUUCUCACUUAGGCCAAGAAGUCACCUUGUGUGGAUGGAUUCAGUACCGAAGAUUGAGCAAAUUCUCCUUUCCUAAGAUGAUUCCAUGGGCUUAUCAAGUUGUCAUUCCCCAGGAUGAGUCGGCUGCCUCUGUGAAGAAGAUUUUAUGUGAAGCCCCUGUGGAAUCUGUGGUGCAAGUGUCUGGGACAGUCAUUUCCCGACCUCCAGGACAAGAGAAUCCAAAAAUGCCAACAGGUGAGAUUGAAAUCAAAGUUAAAACAGCUAAGCUUCUGAAUCCCUGCAAGAAGCUGCCCUUUGAAAUUAAGGACUUUGUGAAGAAAACAGAGACUCUUCGUUUACAGUAUCGCUACUUAGACUUGCGUAGUUUCCAAAUGCAGUAUAACCUGCGACUGAGGUCCCAGAUGGUCAUGAAAAUGCGGGAAUAUCUCUGUAAUCUGCAUGGUUGUGGAUAUCGAAACCCCAAAUUAUUUAAGAGGACCCAGGGGUAUGUAUAUUCCUUCAAUCAUUCUACUCAUAAUGUUGGUGCCAAAGAGUUUUUAGUGCCAUCCAGGGAACCUGGAAAGUUUUAUUCUCUCCCUCAGAGUCCUCAACAGUUUAAGCAGCUUCUGAUGGUUGGUGGUUUAGACAGAUAUUUUCAGGUUGCCCGAUGUUAUCGAGAUGAAGGUUCAAAACCAGACAGACAGCCAGAGUUUACUCAGAUUGACAUAGAGAUGUCUUUUGUAGACCAGUCUGGGAUUCGGAGUUUAAUUGAGGGUCUACUCCAGUAUUCUUGGCCCAACGACAAAGAUCCUUUGCUGGUUCCUUUUCCUUCUAUGACUUUUGCUGAGGCAUUGGCCACCUAUGGAACUGAUAAACCUGAUACUCGCUUUGGAAUGAAGAUUACAGAUAUCAGUGAUAAGUUUAGGAACACAGAGAUUAGAUUUCUUCAAGAUGCACUUAGUAAACCCCAAGGAACCAUCAAAGCCAUGUGUGUCCCUGAAGGAGCAAAAUACUUAAAAAGGAGAGACAUUGAAUCCAUCCAAAAAUUUGCAGCUGACCAUUUUAAUCAGGAAGUCUUGCCUGUAUUCCUGAAAACGAAUAGAAACUGGAAUUCUCCAGUUGCUAAGUUUAUAAUGGAGGAGCAAAGAUUGGAAUUAACCAGACUAAUGGAGAUCCAAGAGGAAGAUGUGAUCCUCCUAACUGCAGGAGAGCACAAGAAAGCAUGCUCUUUGCUGGGAAAAUUACGACUGGAAUGUGCUGAUCUUCUAGAAAUGAGAGGAAUGGUCCUCCGUGACACAUCUCUGUUCUCUUUCCUUUGGAUAGUGGAUUUCCCUCUCUUCCUUCCCAAGGAGGAAAAUCCCAGAGAACUGGAGUCUACCCACCACCCAUUUACUGCUCCCCACCCCAGUGACAUCCACCUCCUGUGCUCUGAGCCCGAAAAGGUCCGUAGCCAACACUAUGACUUGGUUUUAAAUGGCAGUGAGAUAGGAGGUGGUUCUAUCCGAAUUCAUGAUGCAGAGCUACAGCGUUACAUCCUGGCAACAUUACUAAAGGAAGAUGUGAAAUUGCUCUCCCAUCUGCUCCAGGCUUUAGAAUAUGGGGCGCCCCCUCAUGGAGGAAUUGCCUUAGGGUUAGACAGACUGAUAUGCCUCGUCACUGGAGCUCCAAGUAUCAGAGAUGUCAUAGCCUUCCCAAAAUCCUUCCGAGGACAUGACCUUAUGAGCAGAGCCCCAGAUUCUGUCCCUCCUGAAGAACUGAAGCCUUAUCAUAUCCAGGUCUCCUGGCCAACAGACUCAGAAGCAGAAAAGAGUUCAUUGAAUCACCAUCACAAUCCAAAAAGUUGAGCUUUUGAGUUUUGUCUUCUUUGCUUCCCCAAGGCUAAAAUCAGAUGCAGAGUUCUGCCACAGAUCUGACAAUCCUCUCUGUAGGUGGAAGGAAUCAAGGUAACAUUCUUCACCACAAUGAAGACACAGAAGAUACCCAAUUUUGACUUGA